ACAAAAUCGCAAACACCUCGCUGAAAUUUUAUUCUAUCGUUUCAUUCUGUUUUGACAAUUCUGGUCGGCGUCAAGCCCGAGUACGGCGAGUUACGAGUAGCCUACUCUGACUAAGAGUACAGUCAGAGUACUCGGGCAAGUCGGCGUCAGGACGUUUCGACCCCAGUACAUGUUUGGCUCCAAACCGUUUCAGCCCCUGACGUUUCGGCCCUUAAUGCAAUAUACGGCGAUCUAGUGUUCAUGUAUACUAUACAGAUAAUGCUGUAAUUGGUAUAGUACAACUUUAGACGGUCACAUACACCGGGAUGAACAGAUAUGGAGAUGGUUGAUUCUGAUCUUGGUGAGGAACUUUUUGAAAGAGUAGCAGACAUUGAACCAGGUCUUUGUGCACAAAUCACAGGCAUGUUAUUAGAACUGAAUUCAUCGGUGAUCUCUGACCUCAUUAACUCCCCUGAUCGUCUUGUUCAGGCUAUAGAGAAAGCCAAGUCAGCAUUUCUUGAGUCGCUCAACAAGUCUGCUGGAGAACUGAUGGUCAAAUAUUCCAAUGGUACACCUACAUGCAAUGCUGAAAUGGAGGAGCUGGGAGAGGUCAUUUUUGAGAAGGUUGUCUCGGUACAUCUAGAUGAUGCUCCACAAAUAACAGGAAUGAUACUGGAAAUGAGGCUGGAUCAAAUUAAGCAUGUUUUGAAAGAUGACGUUCUGCUAUCUCAAACAAUACAAAAAGCAUUCAGUGCCUUACAUUCCUGAUUCAUCAUGGCUACCAUUGUGAUAUUCAUUACAUGACAUCAGUGCUCAAGUGCUUUUCAUUCCUUCCAGCAGUGUACAUUUUGUUGAGUAUUGUGUCACAAUUCACUAUGCAAGUAUCGGAGAUAAUAAGAACAUAUCUUUAUUCUAAUUGGUUGAAAACCAGUCAUCUGUGCUUUUAUAAAUAGUAAUAUUGUAGGCAUCAAAAUAAGUCAAGAUUUAAGGGUAUACCAGGUUACCACAUAUCUAUAAAGUUGAGAACAGUCCUUCGUUCUUCACAAAAUCAUAUUAAACUAAAACUACAGCACCUAUAUUUUGAUCAGCUGAGUGUUAUUUAGAUAUACAUACAGUAUCGGUGCAAUGAGAACAAUGGUAAGAAGGAAAUCUUUUAUUUAACGACGCACUCAACACAUUUUAUUCACGGUUAUAUGGCAUCGGGCAGUGGUAAGAAUGAAUAACAAAGUUUUAGUGUAUCUUUGGGGGUAUUUUAUAGUAAUAAUGGAAAAUAAAUGUGUGGUAACCUUUAGGUUAUCAGAUCUGUGUUUUGUGUUAACCAGUAAAAGGUUUAAAUUAAAUUGUAUUUACAA